GCUACACACACGGAGGACCGAAAGGACAUCACAGCGAAUGGGACUCGAAAAUUUUCAACUAUCUGAAGUACGAGGUGCUUCGUUUCCUUCUGUCCAAUGUGAAGUGGUGGCUGGAGGAGUACAAGUUCGACGGCUUCCGCUUUGAUGGGAUCACCUCCAUGCUCUACCACUCUCAUGGCAUUGGCAAGGGAUACACCGGCGGGUACCAUGAGUACUUCGGACCAGACGCCGACAUUGACAGUCACAUCUACCUCAUGUUGUCGAACGACCUGAUCCACACCGUGGUGCCAUCCGCUGUCACGGUUGCAGAGGAUGUCAGCGGCAUGCCUACCAUCGGCCUUCCGGUGGAAUAUGGUGGUUUCGGCUUCGACUACCGCCUUGCCAUGGCCAUCCCAGAUAUGUUCAUCAAGCUGCUGAAGGAAGUCGGUGAUGAUGGAUGGGACAUGGGGCACAUCUGCUACACGCUGACAAACCGGCGACACCUGGAGAAGGUGGUCGCCUACGCCGAGUCCCACGACCAAGCCAUUGUUGGUGACAAGACCAUUGCAUUCUGGCUCAUGGAUGCUGCAAUGUACACGGACAUGAGCAUCUUUCAGAAUCCGCACCACACCAUGGCGGUGGAUCGGGGCCUGGCACUGCACAAGAUGAUCCGCCUUCUUGUGCAAGGUCUUGGAGGUGAGGGCUACCUCAAUUUCAUGGGAAACGAGUUCGGCCACCCAGAGUGGGUCGACUUCCCCCGCCCUGAGAACGGCUGGAGCCACCACCACUGCAGGCGCCGCUUUGACCUGCCGGAGGACGACCUGCUUCGGUACAAGUUCUUCCAGAACUUCGAUGAACUGAUGAAUGCGCUUGAGAACCGCUUCCAGUUCUUAUCUUCAGGGCAUCAGUACGUCACCCUGAAGCACAGUGAGGACAAGCUGAUUGUCUUUGAGCGAGGAGACUUGCUGUUCAUUUUCAACUUCCACCCAUGCAACAGCUACGAUGGCUACCAGCUCGGCUGCUGCUGGAAUGAACCUAUGCGAACUGUCUUGGACACUGAUGAGGGCCGCUUUGGAGGACACCAGCGCCUCGAGUACGGACACGCAAAUCCCUUCCCCCCGAUGCACGGCAUGCACAGCCGCAAUCACUCGGUGAAGCUGUACGUCCCAUCAAGAACCGCACAGGUCUUGGUGCGAGACAGCCUGGUGCAAGGUGGUGUCAAGAUCUAUGUUGAUGCGUCAUUCCUUGAAGCCAACUGCUUGGACAGUCCCGCCGGCAUGCAAAUCGCGCUCCAGGUAUGGAAGGACGGCAAGGAGGAGACGAUGGACUUCGCGUUCAACUCCGAGGGCUGCGUAGAGCUGGCUCUCGACUUCGCCGCCACCUUCCAGGUUCUCCGUGCGGACGGCGAGGAGCUUCCUUGCAAGGCGUCCAAGGAUGGCUUCUACCGAGUUUAUUUCCCUGGUGACUACGCCGUGGCUGGCCUCGGCUACAUCAAGAACGGCAAAG